AUGGCGGAGGCCGUGACAGCAGCAGCGACGACCCUCCUCCCCGGCCUCCCAGACGAGAUCGUGGUAUGGGAGAUCCUCGUCUGCCUCGACCCCAAAUCCAUCCUCCGCAGCCGCGCCGUCCGCCGCGACUGGCGCUGCGCCAUCACUAACCGCCGAUUCCUCCUCUCCCACCAUGCCCGCCAGCCCGCCCUUCCCAUCCUCUUCAGCGACGGUUACCGUAACAUCCUCACCUUCGAUCACAGGGCAGACGCCGCGUCCCAGCUCCACACCGUCGCUCGGCUUGCUCUCUCCCAGCCCUUCAAGCUCGAGGCCUCCUGCGAUGGCCUCCUCAUUCUCUCCAAGCCUCCUGAGAUGGCUGGCUCUCGCGCCCUCCUCACCGUCUGCAACCCGGUCACUCGUCAGCAUGCCUCCCUCAGGCGGACACUCAAGGACUUCAACAUCUUGGGGAUGUACCCACACCGCCCUACCGGCAAGUACCGGUUGUUACUGCAAGGGAGGAGCUUCAUGGACUCGUCUACUGACCGAACUGGUUGGUAUGUCUUGGAGCUGGGCUCCGAUGAGGCACCUAGGUACAUUGGGUGCUCCAAGACCAAAUUGCAGUCGGCGAUCUUCCAUGCGCCUGUCCGGGUCCGUGAUAGCUUGCAUUGGCACCCAGUGUGUUAUGCCCCGGUGUAUGGGGAGACUGAAUUUUUUCAGCUUGAAAGAAAACUAGUAAUUGUAUUUGACACGAUAGCUGAGUCGUUUCGGCAGAUACGUGCUACCCUUGCUCCCACCAACUACUCAUGUAUCUUUGAGAUGGAUGACAUGCUUGGUAUCUAUAGCUGUAACAAGGCAAAGAAAAUUGUCGAUAUAUGGGUGCUGCAGAACUAUGAAAGUGAGAUUUGGGACUUAAAGUACCGGGUUCAAUUGCCAACCGCAGAAAUCUGGGGGAAGUUUGAAGGCAUUGAUGGUGAUAGCUAUUGGUAUGUGACCGUUGUUUCGGGUGAUGGGGUCGUGCUCUUGCUGGUCAGUUUUGGUAAUAGACUGUUUUUUGUUGACACUGGUGGCGAACUGGUUGCUAGCUUCCGAGACUUGCAUGUUGGUGAACAUCGGCUCAAACAAACUCUUGUCCCGCAUGAUUUCUUCAUGACACUGGAAGGCUAUGCCGUGGAUGCUUCACCUUUCAUCUGACAGAUGUUUGGCGAGGUUCUUAAUAUCCUGAUGAGUUACAAUGUCUAGUAAUUGGAUCAAGUAUGAACCUGCUGAUCUCUUCCUUUUGUGUUGUUGUAUACAAAGUUAUGAUCUGAAGUGACUUUUGUUAUGUGGUUGCAUGAAA